CCACAAAUCCCCUCCUACGUGUGGCUCAACCUAGCAUAUCCUCGCCGCGACCUACGCCGUCGCCGCCCUUCCCUCCCUCCGCCGUGAUUGCGCCCUCCUCGCCUGCGGAUCCCACCGCCGCGAGCGCAUCGCCGCCUCCCCCCCCUUUCCCGUCGCCGCGACACACCGUCGCCGCCUCCCCCUCCCGCCACCGUGCCUGCUCCGCGCCGCCUGCGCAUCCCGCCGCGACGCCUCAUCGCCGCCUCCCCUUCCCCCUGCCGCGACCCCCUGUCGCCGCCUCCCCCCUCCCGCCGCCGCGCCUGCUUCGGCGCCGCCCGCGCAUCCCUCCGCCGCGACGCCUUGUCGCCGCCUGCCCCUCCCGCUGCCGCGACGUCACGUCGCCGCCUCCCCUUACUGCCGCUGCGCCUUCCUCGGCGCCGCCUGCGCAUCCCGCCGCCGCGACGCUUCGUCGUCGCCUCCCGUCCCGCCGCCGCGACUUCGCGUCGCCGCCUGCACGCCCCGUCGCCCCGACCUGCCAUCGCCGCCUGCGCAUCCCGCCGCCGCGACCCACUCGUCGCCGCCUGCACGUCCCGCCGCCGCGACUUCGCGUCGCCGCCUGCGCAUCCGGCCGCCGCGACCUGCUCGUCGCCACCUGCACGUCCCGCUGCCGCGACCUACUGUCGCCGCCUGCAACUCCCGCCGCCCGCGCAUCCCGCCGCCGCGACCUGCUCGUCGCCGCCCGCGCAUCCCGCCGCCACGACCUGCUCGUCGCCGCCCGCGCACCCCGCCGCCGCGACCUCCUUGUCGCCGCCCGCGCAUCCCGCCGCCGCGAUCUACUCCUUGCCGCGGACCGCUCAGCUGUCAAUUGGCACUCCUUCGUCGGGAGCAUCCGCCGUGUCCUCCAGGACGCCUUCGUCGGACCGUACUGCGUUCUCGACGUCCUCCUCCGCCGCCCGCACGCUCUCCAGCCCACUGCCCCCACUCACCCCGGUGAACCCCCUUCUCCCCCCAUUCCCCCUGGCCUUCCUCCUCCUGAACCUACCUUGGAGAUCGCCACUACCCUGGAGCUCCAGGCUGCCGCCGAUGCCACCUUCCUCCACAAUCGCCGCGAGUACCUCAUCCGCAAGGCAGAGCAUGAAUUUGCGGUGCAUCAUCACGAGUUUGCAACAGCAGAGCGCGCCACUCGCCUGGCAUUACUUAAUGAGUAUACCACGGCCAUGGCAGACUACCUCCCCAAGAGCAUCGCAUGGACCACUGCUGACAACUGCUCCUGCGCCAUCCUCCUCGGCGCACUCCCUGACACCCUCAUGCGCCGUUUCCAAGCUCGCGAAAUCCGCGCCUCCCUCAUUUGGGCCGAGCUCCAGGCGAUGUUUGAGCGUCGCGACAUCAGCUCUGUCGACGCCCUUUUCCAAGAGUACUUCUACAUCACCCUCGCCACCUGUGACGGCGCAGUUGACUACGUGGGGCGCAUGCAGGAGGUCGCUGAUCGCCUUGCGGCACGCCAAGCCGCCCUCCCCGAGCCACUGCAAAUCCAUCGCCUCCUCUACAACCUCACCCCAGACUACGAGUCCCACCUCCACGCCUUCACUGAGGCCAACCCCAUGGCCGGCCUCGACGACGUGGUCCAGUGGAUCAUUGACACGGAGGUCAAGCUCCGCACCCCCAUAGUCAACCUUACCACCCCUCAGUCCUCCUCCUCCAGCUCCCUCAAUGCUACGCAGCCGCGCAACCAGGGUGGUCGCAGCGGCGGCGGUGGAGGUCGUAGCGCUGGUGGCGGUGGUGGUGGAGGUCGGGGCGGUGGUGGGGGCGGUGGUGGUGGUGGUGGCCGUGGUGGCGGUGGUGGUGGUGCUCGCAGCACCCCUGCUCGAGGAUCUUCCGGUGCUGGUGGUGCUCGUCCCCGACACUUCGGGUAG